AUGUCUGCAGAUUAUCCGACAAAAGAGGUGGUUGAAGCCCAAGCCGACCCAAAAGAUGGCCAUCACCACCACCACUCUCUCAGCGAGAGAGUGCGUCACAGCAUCUCCGUCCAGUCCCUCGAUGAGACUACUGUUGAAGGCCAAAUCUUCUCCAUGAACGACGUCGAUCCCGUCCUCGACAAGAAAAUGCGCCUCGUUAACAAUGCCAUCGAUGAAAUCGGCUGGACCAACAUGCAUUUGAAACUUUUCUUCCUCAAUGGCUUUGGUUAUGCGGCCGACUCUUUGAUUUUGCUAUUGCAAUCAGUUACUGCCGGUCAAGCCGCACUCGAAUUCAACCCGUCUUUCAGCAAUGGUCUCACCGUGGCUGCCUACUGCGGCAUGUUGAUCGGAGCCUUGUUCUGGGGAUUGAGUGCCGAUGUGAUCGGUCGUCGCUUUGCUUUCAACGUCUCCCUGUUCAGCUGCUCGAUCUUUGCCAUCGUGGCAGGAGCCUCGCCUAAUUGGUAUGCUCUGGGCGCUUUUACGGCGUUGGCAGCUUUUGGCUCUGGAGGCAACUUGAUUCUGGACACCACCGUGUUCCUAGAAUACCUUCCAGGCAAUAUGCAGUGGCUUUUAACACUCAUGGCGUGCUGGUGGGGUUUGGCACCCGUUGUCGCGGCUGCAUUUGCAUGGCCUUUCUUGUCAAUAUCUAAAUACAAUUGCACAAGCCACGCGACCUGUACUUAUGACAACAACAUGGGCUGGCGCUAUGUCUGGUACUCCAACGGAGCAUUGGUCUUCGUCCUCAGUAUCCUGCGGGUGACGGUCAUCCGGCUCAAGGAGACGCCAAAGUACCUCCUGGCGAAAGGGCAAGAUCAAGAAGUUGUCAACACUUUCCAUUCGAUUGCUGCCAAAUACAAUCGACCAUGCUCUCUUACCAUUGAGCAGCUCGAGGCAUGUGGUCCAAUCAAAUCUACUUACGGAAAAUCGCGAUAUGGAUUUUCGGAGUUCGUGGCUCAUCUGCGAGGUCUUUUCGAGACAAAGAAACUGGGGAUUUCUACUGGCUUGAUUUGGCUGUCUUGGACUUUGAUCGGUCUCGCAUAUCCUCUGUUCUACGUGUUCUUGCCCCAGUUUCUCGCGAGUCGCGGGGCUCAGACAGGACAAAGCGGCGCGUAUUACACCUGGCGAAACUACAUGAUCACGAAUACGGUUGGCAUUUUCGGCCCCGUCCUCGCAGGGUUCAUGUGCAACUGGAAGUUACUGGGACGGAGAUAUACUAUGGUGAUCGGCGCUCUGAUCUCCAUGGCCUUCUUCUUUGCCUACACUGCAGUGCGCACCCCUGCUCAGAAUCUUGGGUUUACCUGUGCCAUUUACUUCUUUGUCAACGUGUACUAUGGCACCCUUUACGCAUAUACUCCUGAGAGUUUGCCAUCUGCCCAUAGAGCCACAGGAAACGGUAUUGCAGUCGGCUGCAAUCGGGUCAUGGGUCUAGUGAGUGCAUUUGUGGCGGCCUAUUCCAACACCGCCACAAGUGCACCUAUCUAUAUCUGUGCAACCCUCUACAUUGCCAUGGUAAGUGGAUGUCGUGUCAAGAGGCCACAAGUCACCUGA